GAGAGAGAGAUUCAGAGAGAGAGAUUAGAGAGAGAACGAAAGUCAAGUGUCUACGGCUCUGAAAGCUGAAUCCCAAGAAGCUUGGGGGGAAUAGAAUACACACAGCCACCGAACAACGAUGCACCUCAUAAAUGCUGUGGCGGUAGUACGGAUGGCCUCCAGAGGUAUGGGAUUAGAGGAGCAAUCGACAUCAAUUCCAUUCGGAUCCGCCUGGUUCUUCGUAUACGCCGGCAUCUCAUGCGUCCUCGUCCUUUUCGCCGGCAUCAUGUCCGGUCUUACUCUUGGACUCAUGUCUCUCGGUCUCGUCGAACUCGAGAUCCUCCAACGCAGCGGCACUACCACCGAGAAGAAACAAGCUGCGGCUAUCUUACCUGUUGUUCAGAAGCAACACCAACUUCUUGUGACUCUGCUUCUCUGUAAUGCCUGUUCUAUGGAAGCCUUGCCUAUAUACUUGGAUAAAUUGUUCAACCAAUAUUUAGCUAUUAUCCUCUCUGUGACAUUUGUUUUGGCAUUUGGCGAGGUAAUCCCACAAGCGAUAUGCAGUAGAUAUGGGUUAGCUGUAGGUGCAAAUUUUGUUUUGCUUGUUCGCAUAUUGAUGGUAAUAUGCUACCCGAUUGCUUAUCCAAUUGGAAAGAUGCUGGACUAUGUACUUGGGCACAAUGAUGCAUUGUUUAGAAGGGCACAAUUAAAAGCUCUCGUAUCAAUUCAUAGCCAGGAGGCUGGUAAGGGUGGUGAAUUGACACAUGACGAGACUACCAUCAUUAGCGGGGCCCUUGACUUAACUGAAAAGACGGCUGAGGAGGCAAUGACACCAAUUGAAUCCACAUUUUCCUUAGACGUGAACUCAAAAUUGGACUGGGAGGCAAUGGGGAAGGUCCUUGCUCGUGGUCAUAGCCGAGUUCCUGUAUAUUCUGGAAAUCCCAAAAAUAUUAUUGGUCUCUUGCUGGUCAAGAGUUUGCUAACAGUUCGUCCAGAAACAGAGACUCCCGUCAGUGCAGUUUCCAUCCGAAGAAUUCCACGGGUUCCAUCUGAUAUGCCCCUUUACGAUAUCCUGAAUGAGUUCCAAAAGGGUAGCAGCCAUAUGGCAGCGGUGGUGAAAACGAAGAGCAAAAGCAAAAUUCCUCCUGUGAGUGAAACUGCAGGCGAUGAGAAUAGUAGCAAUAAUAAUAAUGUCACCACUAGUGGGGAUUCACAAUUAAGGACUCCUUUACUCCCAAACAAGCAAGGAGAAAAGCCUGAAAGCAUUGUUGUGGAUAUCGAGUCAAAGGCAUCUUCUACUACCACAAUAAACAAGAAUACCAUCUCUCAACAUAACGAUCCAUCAACAUAUGGUUUGCCUACAUUGUCAGAAGAUAUUGAAGAGGGUGAAGUUAUCGGUAUCAUCACUUUGGAAGAUGUUUUUGAAGAACUUCUGCAGGAGGAGAUUGUAGAUGAGACCGACGAAUAUGUUGAUGUUCAUAAAAGGAUACGAGUGGCUGCAGCGGCAGCAGCUUCAUCAAUGGCUCGAGCCCCGUCUAGUAGAAGAUUGAAUGCUGGCCAUAUAAAGACAACAGGCUUAGGAGCAGGUGGAGGGCAGAAUAAGCUAGUGCAGACCCCAAGGAGGAACACUGAAGAGGAUGUGGCUAAGUCUCAAGGAGGUGGUCUUGGCGAGCCACUUUUAGAUAAUAAGAAACCCGAAAUGGGAAAAAAGAUUUAAAACUGCAAUGAAUGAUUCUUGUUGUAUGUUGUUUAUCUUACAUAAUAUAAGUAUCUCAACUUAAUUGGAAACGAGUUCAAUAAACAAUCAAUUAACCGCCUUCUUUGUGAUGUUUCUUUAUGUAUAAUAUAUAUGUUUGUUUCAUUGUAGAAGAUGAUGAUUAUGAUGUUCAAAUAGGCAACAAUUCAUAUUGUAUGGGCUUCAAAUAUACAGAAAAAAAUACAGUUGUCUGAAAUCAAUUAAGAACUGAAGUUGUUUGUCUUUUUGCCGUACUAAAAACAAGGACACGUAAAGUACUUGUAUACCACAACUUUAUAAGUUAUAAAUUUGAAGGGCCCCUUCAAACUUUAU